GAGUUAAGAGUCACAAAAAUGGGGCACACGAAGGAGAGGAUUAAGGACUUGAUCACCGCCGAACGAGUUGCCGUAUUCUUUGGCCUAUUGUCCACCUGCCUGAUCGUUGCCCUCGUAAUUGUGGUCGUCCACAGGGAUAAUUUGUGGCUGCAGUUAGACGAAGCCAAGAGGAUGUUGGAUGUCCUGGAGGAAUAUAUUCAAAGCCACUUGCGGACUACGAAUAAUGAUGGAAAAUAUUUAAAAUGAGGGUUGUCAAAACUAUGUUAAU